GCGUCCUCUUCCUCCCCCGAAGAAAGGGAAGCAACCAGGCAAGAACAGGGGAGGGAGGCUCAGAUCUCUUCCCUCCAAUCCAUCCAUCAAUCCAUCCACCCCCAGCGAUCCAUCUGCCUCGCCGGGAUCCUCGUCGACCCCUGCUCCGGCGGAGCAUACGGGCCUUCUCGGCCCCGCCCGACCAAAUCGCGCCAAGAACCGAGAUUUCCGUGAGAUUUCCGCGGCGGCGGCGGGCGUCAUUCGCCAAUGCCGGCCGGGUUCCCGUGAGGUCUCUCCGGCUCGGACGGCGGGGGUCGGGAUCUUCGCCCCCUUGUGCGGAAUCCCGCCUUCUUGGAGGAGGGGAUUGGGCGGAAAUCUCCAUUUUUUCCCCCGUUUCCCCCCUAAUCUCGGCGUCGGCGGAGGAAGGAUUUCUUUGCCGCCGCCUUCCAGUCCGUCGAUCCGCCUCGGGCGGUCGCGCUGGGGACCAUGGUGAACUCCAACUACUCGGCGCUCCCGCUCACCUCCACCGCCAUCGAGCUGCAGUCAAGCCAGCCGCCGCCGCAUCCCAAAUCUGGCGCCUCCACCAACGGCCACGCCAAGCUCACCAAGCAGGACUCGUUCCUCGGCGAGGUCGAUGACGACGACGCCGCCACCAACGCCGGCGAGCACGACUCACUGCCGCUCAUCGGCGACGACGUCCCCUCCGGCCCGCCGGAGGGCUCGGGGGUCUACGGCGCGGUGUUCAACCUGGCGACCUCCAUCAUCGGGGCGGGCAUCAUGGCGCUACCGGCGACCAUGAAGGUGCUCGGCGUGGCCGUGGGGCUCGUCUCCAUCCUCGUCAUGGGGCUCCUCUCCGAGGUCACCAUCGAGCUGCUCGUCCGGUUCGCGGUGCGCUGCCGCGCGCUCUCCUACGGCGAGCUCGUGCACCGCGCGCUCGGCCGCCCCGCCAGCGUCGUCGCGCAGCUCUGCAUCGUCGUCAACAACGCCGGCAUCCUCGUGGUGUACCUCAUCAUCAUCGGGGACGUCAUGUCCGGGUCGCUCAAGCACAUGGGCGUCAUGGACCAGCUCGUCGGCCACGGCGAGUGGGACAACCGCAGGCUGCUCAUCCUGUUCGUCCUCGUGGUGUUCCUCGCGCCGCUGUGCGCGCUGGAGAAGAUCGACUCGCUGAGCCUGUCGUCUGCCGCGUCCGUCGGGCUCGCCGUUGUUUUUGUGGCCGUCUCGUGCAUGAUCGCCGCGGUGAAGCUCGUCGAGGGCAAGCUCGCCGCGCCGAGGAUGGGGCCGGAUUUCAGCUCGAAGGCGGCGAUCCUCGACCUUCUCGUGGUGAUACCCAUCAUGACCAACGCCUACAUCUGCCAUUUCAACGUGCAGCCCAUCUACAACGAGCUCAAGGAGAAGACGCCUCAGAACAUGUACAACGUCGGCCGGAUCUCCACCGUGCUCUGCGUCGUCGUGUACGCGCUGACCGCCAUCUCGGGGUACCUCCUGUUCGGCGACGACACCGAGUCCGACGUGCUCACCAACUUCGACAAGGACCUCGGGAUCAAGUUCAGCACGGCGCUCAACUACAUUGUGAGGAUCGGGUACAUCGUCCACCUGGUCCUCGUCUUCCCGGUGGUCCACUUCUCGCUGAGGCAGACGGUGGACUCGCUGGUGUUCGGGGAGCUUGCGCCCCACAGCAGGAAGAGGAUGCUCUCCCUGACGGUGGUGCUGCUGGCCCUCAUCUACCUCGGCUCCACCAUGAUACCCAACAUCUGGAUGGCCUUCAAGUUCACCGGCGCGACCACGGGGCUGGCAUUAGGUUUCAUGUUCCCCGCCCUUGUCGCAUUGAGGCUGGACAAGGAGGGGGAGUGCCUGGGCCGCGGAGAGAGGCUCCUGUCGGUCGGAAUGCUGGGGCUGGCCAUCGUCGUCAGCGUCGUCGGGGUCGUCGGAAACGUGUACAGCCUGAGGAGCAAGUCUGAGUGAGUGAUGGAUGGAUCAUCAAGGUGAGCUAUAUUUGUAGGGCUUGUUAUACAGAGACUGUAUUACCACUGCCAGAAUACACUAGUUAGCAGGUACACCAGUUCCAGCUGAGCUGCUGAGCAAAGCUCAUCAUACUACUAUACAUUUUCUUCAUCUACAGGGUUGUUUCAUGGGUGAUGGGCUGACAUGUUGUUGGUGGGCAUUCUUGUACUUUUUUUUGGACCAGAUUCUUUGAUAUAUACAUAUACAUUUGUA